GUAGAUGACGCCAAAAGUGGGCGCGUCGAAAUGAUACCUAGCUCGCUAGCUUGCUGCUGUUGCAAAGUACAGUACACUAUCGAAAUGUCGUAGUCGCGUAGCCUGGCAAGGGCAGACUACACGGUUUUUUUUUUUUUUUUUUUAUGGCAACAAGUGUGAAUCCUUAAAACAAGCUGUCAAGAUGAAACUGCAGAGAGCAUCAAUUCUUCAAGAUGAACUGAAUAGAAAUGCCCCUCAAACAUUGACAAAAACCUGGUGACAGUUUUGCCUCCAUUUUUCCUCACAUAAGUGUGCAGACAUGCGCAUCCUCAGACUAGUUUACGUAAUCAUGGCCAGGGUCAGUAUGUUCAGAUCCCUCCAGUUUCUGCUGAUUCUGGCCUGUGUCCUGGCUGUGGUGACAUUCUACUACUUUGGCUCAGAGAAUCAGAACUUCUCCAGCACUACCAAGAGGAUCAAGCUGUCUCAGGCAAGCCGCAACACCAACAGAAAUGAUGCAGACCUGACCAUAGAUACCAGAUUCUCUGAGCUUGCUAGAUCCAAGGAGAAGAAAAUGGGAGAGAACGAUGCUUUUCAAUCCAGAAAUAAUGGCAACGAGACUUCGGUCCAACGCUAUAAUGUUCUCAUGAUGUUCACUAAAGUGGACAAAAGCCAAAACCUCCAGGACAAGUUCAGAGUGGCCAUGUUGUCGAUGGUCAAGUAUGCACAGUUCUUGGAAGGAGAGGUGUUGGUGCUUCAUUUUGUGAGUGAUCCGGUCAGUAAAGUACUGGGAGAGAAGAUGCUUCAAGAAUUCUUCAAAAAUGUAACAUUCAAGUAUGAGGUGUUGUUCCAUGAUGUGGACACCUUCACUCACAGGCUGUUCCCGAUUGUGGAAGCCUUGCAGAAGCACUUCAGCGCUGGCUCUUGGUCUUAUUUCAGCGAUGCCAUCUUCUUCCUCUCUGUCGCCAUGCACCGCAUCUUGCCUCAAAAUUUGACACGCAUUGUGCAGCUUGACAUCGAUCUGAAGUACAGGACCAAUAUCAGGGACCUCUUCCAGGAAUUUGACCGCUUCCCGCCAGGAGCGGUACUCGGCAUCGUCAGGGAGAUGCAGCCGGUGUACAGACACACAUUCUGGCAGUACCGCAAGGAAAACCCUCAAACCAGAGUGGGUGACCCUCCGCCCGAGGGUCUCCCCGGCUUCAACAGUGGCGUGAUGUUACUGGACCUCGGCGCAAUGAGGGCCUCCGCCCUCUACAACCAACUGCUGGAUACGACAAAUGUGACCAAGCUGGCUGACAAGUACAGCAUCAGGGGCCACCUCGGGGACCAGGACUUCUUUACCAUGAUCAGUAUGGAGCACCCAGAACUGUUUUACUCCCUGGCCUGUGGUUGGAACCGACAGUUGUGCACUUGGUGGAGAGACCACGGCUACAGAGAUGUCUUUGACUUGUAUUAUCGCUGCGAUGGACCCAUCUAUAUCUACCACGGGAACUGUAACAGCCCCAUACCAGAUGAUUAAUCCCAGAUACUUAAAAUGCAGUGUUUGAUAUCACUUAAGACGCCGUCCUGCGUAGCUCACAAAACAACAGUGGUAUUGUUGUAACUGACUCACUGCCCUUUGCUGGUCGACGGGCUGCUAAGACCUUGACUUUUCCUAUCAACUUGGACCACUGCCCCUGUCGACUACACGUGAAAACUCCACUUCAAGUCGCAUGUUAAUGUCUGAAUGUUAUACUCAUGUUCUGUCUGUUUUUUUUUUUUUGUUUGUUAGCUUUUUGUCUGCAUUUUACUGAUGUAUAUUAAUGGACUCUCCCCUCCCCCCCAAAAAUAGUGAUCAUUUUUGAUCGAUCUCUCAGAUUCAAAUAAAUGUCAGCGCUCGAUAUUUAUCACCUAAGUGUUUGAGAAGUUGGCUGGUAGAGGAUGUGCAUGAAGUCACACGACGAAACACUCUUGAAAAGAAACAUUUCAAAUCAAUACGUUUUACACGAAUGAACCCUAAAGCUGAGCAAUGUUGUUCAAAUCUUUUUUAAAAAGGCUCGAUUGUGAAGCCUUGAUUGCAUUUAUGCUGGCUUGUUCUGUUUUUUUAAGCAAUAGUUCAUUUCAUUUUCAUAAUGUUUCAGAGUUACGGAUCUGUAUGCCGUCUCACACUGGAACAGGUUUUUUCUCUCUAGCAGGUGAGUUUAUAGUAUAGGGAGUAUAAAAUGUAUAACACAUUUUCACUCAGUGCACACUUGCACAAUUUUAAGUGGCUCUGAUCAAGACACCAAAAGUUAAUUAAUUUUCGGCGGCUUUUCCUGACAUUUUUUUUUUCUUUUUCGGAAAAUAAUUGUUUUGUCCGCAGACGGACUCCAAUUUGGAACUGUUUCGACCGGUAAUUCCCUCCACUGUAACCUAGGCCCCAGUUCCAACUGAAUGAUGCUGCCACCAACUUGCUUCACUCGGACCAUAAAACAAUUUUAUACAUCCCUUUGUGAAAUUUCAAUAAUGCUUUGCCAAAAAUUUAAAGCAAGGUUGAACAUUUUGGCCAUAAUUCCAAAGGUUGUUUGUCGCAAACACAACACUGCUCAUCACCAAAAGAACACCAUACGUAUGGUGAAGCACGGUUUUGGCACAAUCAUGCUUUUGGGCUGUUCUUCAUUAGCUAGAACUGGGCCUUAGUCACGAUGAAGAGUUCCAAAUACCAGUGAGUGAUAGCACAAAACCUUCAGGCCUCUGGUAGAAAGGCAACAAAUGUCAGGAAAAGCCCACUCGAACAUCUGAACUUUAUUUGGGGUUAAUCAGAGGCACUGUGCACACUCCCAUUUAUCAUGAGUUUGAAGGUGAAUGGUAAAUUGUGAAAACGGCCAGACGUAAAGAGAAUGGGUACGACCACGUCAAUUGUUUUUUCCAAAAGAUUUGAGAUGUACAGGUUUCAGGUUCCAUGAAAGAUGAACAAUGUUUUUAAACUAUUUAUUCUGAGGUCUUUUUCAUGUCAUAGAAAAGUGGCACCUUUUAUAUCAACUUUAACAGCUAUCAGAAGUCAUCGUUAUAGUUUUCUCAGGUGAUUGGUUCCACUGUGCUGGCACCAAGUUGUCUUUUUUUGUGAAUUUUCAAAGGAAAAAUAGAUAAACCGGUGUGAUCCAACUCUGUGAAACAAAUGACUGAACAUUUCUAAUAAUAGGUUAAUCUAAGAUGCAAAUACUCGAUCUUGAAUAGUCAUUCUCUCCUCAACAGAAAAACCAUAAAAAAAUUGGU